UUGCUAUUGCCCGCGCAGAGCUAAUAGUCGGUUGUCGUUUCUUCUUUAUUUUUUUGUUGGCAUUGGCAUUUGAAACAUUUUAAAAAGCAAGACAAAAGCAAGAGCAUUUUGAAAAAGAGUUUCUGUUUUUUUGUGACUUAUUAAAAGAGAAAAUUUUGAGAAUUAUGCCACGCGCAAAAGUUGCAAAAAAAGCAACGGCCUCAGAGUUGCUUGCAACAAAUGGCAAUGAUGCGUCGUCCUCAACUGGGACUGCGGGCAUCGAUCUGGUCGCUGAUGCCAUCAAACAGCCACCUAAAAGCAAAGCGCGCGGCAAGAAAAUGGCAGCUGCAACGGCUGCUGGCGAAGCGAACGAUGCAGAGGCGAACGAGACUGAAGUUGUUAAGAAGACUGCGUCGCGGGGCAAAAAGAAAGAGACUGAAAAAGAGGAAGUCGUGGUAGAGGUUGCAGAGCUACCUAAGCCGAGGGGCCGCACCCGAAGGCCGACUACUAAGGUGAGUGAGGCCGAACCACCUAAAACUAAAAUCACAAAGUCGCGCGCCAAAAAAGAUAAAACUCCUGCGCCCGAGGAGACUGAACUAAGUAAGGGACGCGCCAAGAAAGACAAAGCAUUCCUUAAGGAGGAGGACGGUGUCGCACUAAUCAAGGAGACGGCGUCCAAGGCGCGCGGACGCAAAAUUAAGGAAGCAGAGCAGAAUGAUGCGACUGAAUCGGCUGAGCCCUCAGCGGCAGGACGUGCCAAAAAGGAUGUGUCUGUGACAGCCACCAAAAGCAAGGCACAAAUAGCCGAGACAGAUGCUCCACCACAAACAUCAACAACAGCUACAGCAGCAGCCACAACUAAGCGUGCACGCGCCGCUAUGCAUUUAGCAACCAUAAAAAUGACUGCGGUUCUAGAGGUCAAGGAGGAUCAAAAACCUGAAGACGAGCUAGCGAGCAACAAGCGUGCGAGGUCAGCGAAGACCAGCAAUGAGAACGCUGAGGUGCCCGUCAAGAAACGGGGAAGGAAAGUGGCAAGUGUUGAGGCACCACCGAUAGAGAUGCGUGAGGUCCCAGCACCUAGCACCAGCAGGAAACGUGCACAGAAGCGUGUCAAUGAGGAACAGGAUGAGGAACUAAACGUGCCAAAGCCAACGCCAGAGAGCAAACCAGCACGCGGUCGCAAGCGUCAAGCGGCAGUCAUCGAAGAGGAUGCUGAUGCCAUUGCAGCCGACGCAGCUGAUGGCUCGAAAAUGUCCAAGACCAAAAAGCCAACAACACAAAAGGUGGAUGCUGCUGGCAGCUAUGAUAAAAGUCUAUUCACGUCGCCAACAGAUAAGACAUUCAAUUUGAAAAUCUCCAGCUGGAAUGUGGCUGGCCUGCGCGCCUGGUUAAAGAAGGAUGGCCUUAAGUUUGUGGAAGUUGAGGAACCGGACAUAUUUUGUUUGCAGGAAACUAAGUGCAUCAACGAUCAGCUACCCGAUGAGAUUACACGCUUGGCCGGAUACCAUCCGUACUGGCUCUGCAUGCCCGGCGGCUAUGCUGGCGUCGCAAUUUACAGCAAAGUAAUGCCCAUAAAUGUGGAGUAUGGCAUUGGCAACCAGGAGUUUGAUGAUGUGGGCCGCAUGAUCACCGCCGAGUAUGAGAAAUACUUUUUGAUCAAUGUGUAUGUGCCGAAUUCGGGUCGCAAGCUGGUUAACUUGGAGAUGCGCAUGCGCUGGGAGAAGCUAUUCCAAGCGUAUGUACAAAAGUUAGAUGCACGCAAGCCGGUCGUCAUCUGUGGCGACAUGAACGUCUCACAUUUGGAAAUUGAUUUGGCCAACCCAAAGGCGAACACACGCAACGCUGGCUUCACCAAGGAGGAGCGCGAUAAGAUGACUGAACUGUUGUCCCUUGGCUAUGUAGAUACCUUCCGGCAAUUGUAUCCCGAUCGCACUGGUGCCUACACCUUCUGGACAUAUAUGUCCAAUUCUCGUGCCCGAAACGUUGGCUGGCGUUUGGAUUACUGCAUUGUCUCGGAGCGCUUUGUUCCACGCAUUGUGGACAAUGUGAUGCGCAGCCAUUGUCUGGGCAGUGAUCAUUGCCCCAUAACUGUAUUUUUAAAUGUCUAAGAACCAAUACACAAAAAUGUACUUCAUUCCAUGUUUUCACAA